GGCACACUGCAUCUUGGGCCAACGUUUCACAUACUCAAGAUGGCUUCUCGCAAGAUAUUCGGACACAGAGAUGGAUUCUCCCAAGACUCACUUAUGGCCCUCAACGACUACACUGGCAACAAUCCGCUGUUCACGGGAGGUGUGCUCCUCUACCUUCUCAAUAAAGCACAGGCGCCUCUCUCAAGGGACCUGCUGAGCUGGUUCCGGAUUCGUGAAAACAGGACUUGGCCCAUCUCCAUUGCUAGCGUCUUCUUUGGCUUGUCCAUCUUGAAACAGGCGAGCGACUGGCUCUCGUGGAAGGCACGCAACAAUGGCGUGACUGAUCAAUACGACUGGACGCGGGAAGUGGUUGUGAUUACAGGCGCAUCUUCUGGUAUCGGUGCUCGCGUAGCAGAAAUGCUGUGUGCCAAAGGCUGCAAAGUGGCCGGCUUGGAUAUCCAACAGCCACUGAAAACACCACCCGCCAAUAUGAAGUUUUACGUGGCAGAUGUAACUUCACGCGAGUCUUUAAAGAAGGCCCAUGUUCAGAUCCAGAAGGACCUUGGAGCAGUCACAGUUCUCUGCAAUAAUGCAGGAAUAGGAAAUGGUGCUCCGAUCCUCGAGCAUACCGACAAUCUGAUCAACAAGGUCAUGGCCAUCAACUGUGUGAGUCAUUACUACACAGUCCAAGAAUUUAUGCCUGGAAUGGUGGAACGCAAUCACGGUCACAUUAUCACUAUUGCAAGCAUGGCCUCUUUGGUUUCACCUGUUGGUUUAUCCUCAUACGGCAUGUCCAAGGCCGCAGCCAUGGCAUUCCACGAGUCACUCACAAUGGAAGUCAAGUACGUUCACAACACGCCCAAAAUCCGCACAUCCAUCAUUCACCCGCUGUGGACAAAGACGCCACUCAUCGAAGGACACAUGAAUGAGAAGAACAAAGGACCCAAGGUGAUGCACGUUGACACAGUAGCUGAGGCCAUUGCCAAUGUCAUCCUCUCCGGAGAAUCGCACACUGUGAUGCUACCCCGGUCAGUCACAAUCGGUGCAGCGCUGAGGGGUAUGCCAGACUGGUUUAAGCUCGGCGUUCACUCCGCCACUGCGGCAGAGGUAUCUCGCUUCGACACGGAAGGUGCCAUGGCCGCGUCUGGACCACGUCUUCACAUGUAG